CUGGAUUUCUUGCGCAUGCACCUGCAAGCGCGUCCUAAGGUGCAUCCAGUUAUCAUCUGUUACGUACAAUUUAAAGUAUUUCCAAGACUUUGACGAUACACAGCAAAUCCCCGAGUCUGCACUGGCCUAUACGAAUGCACAUACGUGCACCGAGCAAAGAGUUAUUCACCUAAUAACCUUUCCGUCGGCAGACACUCGACAGAAUCUGUUCUCGCGUUUGCUUACCUGGCGACGAUAGUCUACAUCAUUCUACGUCCAUUGUACGUUCUGUGAACGUAGAAACGUCUUCCGUGCUGAGCGCUCAUGAGUUUGAAGUUGCGCGACGGAAGCCCGAGCCGACGGCAGUCGCGUCGUUGAUUCGAUAUAUCGCUUUCGCUCCGGAGCGAUGAGUCGCCGUGCCCUACAGGCUACAGGGACGUCAGGGACACCGAUCAGCGGGUGAAAGGUCGUUCCCGCUGUCACGUGUUACGUGGAAUUAAACGCUGACAUCCGGACUCCCAUAUCAGUUAGAUGACGGCGCGGCGCCGUGGGUUGUCGGGUCAUGGGGGCCUGUCUCGGCCACUGCUUAGCGAAAGUCACAGACUCCUUGCCGUACAGGUUCUAUCAGGGACAUACCAGAAUGUCUUUCCAAGGAGAAGAACAAGUUGAGUUUAUGGAUGCUGAGAGAAAUGAAGACCAAAGUAAAGGAUCAAAAAGUCUAUUAUCAUUUCUGUCUUUAAAAAAAUUAAAGAAAAAAGGAGUUCCAGUGAGUUUGGAAUUAUUGGAGGAAGGAUCAUGGUCAAGAGGUGGAAACAAGUAUGCCAGAUUGAGUUCUAGAAAUGAUGUUUCUGCAAGCUCUGGACUAGAUGCAUCACUCCAAGUUCUUGACGCAAGAACCUUGAUGAGACAGCAAACGAAUGUUUCUUCCACUCCAGGUUCGUCGCUGGAUCUUGAGUGGGAACACGAAGGGAUGCCUCUGCCGAUCAUGGGGGAUGAAAGAAGAGAGAUGGAGGGGUCUCUGUCGCAGACGUCAGUCAACAACAGCCAACCCUCCAGCCUGACGGCGUCGCCUUGGUCUAGGGUUUCGAGCCCGAACAGUUUGGAGUGGGAUCCAGUAGAGCCAGAUAUGGUAUGUGUCGACAUGGAGACUGAACAGCUUCUGACUGAGAUAGAGAGAUUAACCGACAGAGCUCUAAAAGAGACGGGCGAAUGGACUGGCGCUGACGCCAGCUGAUAAAUGACUCGGUUGUAAUUUCAAAGGGGAAUUGUUUGUAUUUUUGUAUCAUAAAAGUUCAUCGCGUCACAAGUUGCAGAUGCCCUAUACUUUCGGGAGACGCACAGACGUCACAUUAUUUCGAUAUCACUUUCUUCGAACGAUAUUAAUCAUGUUUAUAUCAUUUCAAAGAUAUAUAUAUAUAUAUUGUACAACUUAGGAUAUGUAGAGUACACGGAAAUCCGAUAUGGAUACCUGUGUUGUGUAAUGUACCUCGUAACAAUCUGUAAUGUGAGUGAAAGAGGAUUGGUAGAUGUGCCGAGCUACCAAAUGAGGAAAAACCGUUUUUCAGUAUACGCGUAUACGUACAUUUAUAAUAAUUUAUAUAGACAAAAGAGAAAUGUUUUCUUUUCGAUUUUAGAUAAAACACUUGCUCGUUUAGGUGGAAUUGAGCUUUGUCACGAGCAAUAUUUAACACUAGUUUGUCAUUUUCAGUGCUUUUAUCUUCCGUAACUCCCAUGCGACAAUAUAUACAUAAAUUAUUUUUAAGAAAAUGGAAUCUCCCGUGCCACCGUAUACUGUAAAUUUUCGGUACGCGUGUGCAUUUAGGACACCGGUCUCCUCGUGUCAAGUAAUAUAAAGAAUAGAUUAUUCUGAUUACGCACACAUGUAUACAAAGAAUUGUAUUACAUCAUAUUUUUUUAUAUAAUUUUUGAGCUACUAGUAAAAUGAUAUUAGAUUAAUUUAACUAGUCCAUGCAGCUUAAACGUGAAUCGACAGAUCUGAGUGAUUAAAAGAGAAAUAUAUAAUAUGUAAUGUAAUGCAAAUGUACAAAACUGUUUCCAAUAGAAACGAAUUAUUUUACUGUAAUGAAGGGCAGGCAAAAGUAUCUGAAACAGUCACUGAAUGUAAAUGAUGAAUGUAGAAUGCCUUAACAUAGAUAAUAAAGAUUAUGAAGUUUGCUAUAGUUCAC